CUGCUGAUGCUGCGCAUCCUCCUGCAUCCGAGUAGCUCAGGGAGGGCAUCCCGCUUCCUCCACGCGUCUGUGGUAUGCCCAACAUCUAAAGAAAUGCGCGUUACAUAACCCCUCUCUGUCCUGGGAAACUGUUUUACUCGAAUAAGAACAUGGAGAGAAUUGGAGCAGACGUGAACAAAACAGGCUGCAGCAGUCAUGGAGGGUCCACAGAGCUCCUGUCCGGCCCCAGCACUCCAGGCCGUGCCCCUCGCAGCAGGACAUCCGGCCGCAGAGCCAGCUCCCUUUCUGACAGUGGAGACACGGGCUUCUACACCUACAGCUCCGACAGUGUGGAGGAUGUGUCCUCCAUUCUGCAGCCCCACUCUCUGCUCGUCUCCGGCCUGUCCCCCACGUCCCUCAGGCCUCUGUCCCUGACCCGCUCAUACGACCAGCUCUCCGCCCAACAGCAGAACACAGCGCAGUGGUACAAAACCUGUCAGCAGCUCACCUCCUCUUCAUCUCCCAGCACCCACGCGAAGAAGAACAACCAGGAACCCAUCCGAAAAAGUUCAUCUCUCAACAAGCUGUCGUCAUGGGCGGUUUACGACUCCACGCGUACCUAUAGCAACACUAAGAACAUUGACUUGCAAGGUUCAUUGGACAGGGGGUUGCUCAAAGGUUUCAAAAAGGACACAAGCGCCAACAAAACAGAUUUCUACCUUCCUUUGACGUCCUCGCUUCGAUGCAAUAGCUCCCUCCUGCGCUCCCCAGGUUCAGGGCCAUGUCAUUACUACAAAUUGAGCCGGAAGUCCACCAAUGUAGAAUCAGAUCGGACAUUACACAGGAGCGCCUCAGCCUUCUCCUCUCCUAUCAAACACAACCUGUUCACCGGCUUCACGUCUCCACAAGACCUAUGCAGUCGCAGUUUAAGCGAGCAGCCCCCCUUCGAUUACCCGCUACAGCCUGAAGUGAGGACGCAGAUGUGGCUGAGUGAGCAGUUAGCCUACAAGCCCAAGUUUGAGGUGGGAAAGCAUGACGCAGCCGAGAAUUAUGGGGACAAGCUCAACAGGCAACCAGGGAUCCCUUCACUCAAGUCAGGACUGAAGCAUAUGACGAAGGGCAGUCCGGGGCCCGUUCCUGGUCUAGUGAAGUUUCAGGAGGGGCUGCUGAGACAGAGGGAGCAGGAGAUAGAUUGGCAGAAGCAGCAGAUUGUGCAGCUCCAGGCCCGGAUCACAGAGAAUGAGCUCCGGGUGCAGCAGGUCCAGCAGAGCCACAGGGGCAGACUCGAUGAGUCCUACAUCUACAACAAGGACAGAGUGGGGCUGCCAGGCAAACAAGCUUCCUACACCCUCUGUGAUAAGGAUCUGAGCCAGAAACUGAGUGCAGCAGAAAUGGAACUACUCCAUCUGAAAAAUGUGUUCAAGCAGGUCACGCAGAAGUACACAGAAGACAUAUGCAAAAUGGACGAUAAGAUCCAGACCCGAGACCGGUACAUCUGCAGCCUAAAGAAGAAGUGUGCCAGAGAGAGUGAACAGAAACUGGAGCGACACCAGCGCGUGGAAACCCUGGAGUGCUACCUUGCCGACCUGCCCACGCUCACAGAGGUGCAGGGCCAGAGCCAACAGUUGAAAGAGGUCCAACAGAGAGAAAAAGAGAUGGAGCAGAGUGUGUCCUGGUUACAGAAGAGCCUCGAAGAAGGACAAGAGCUCCUGAGAGAAAAGUAUCUUCAGAUUGAGCAGCAGAGCAAGAGGGAGAAUGAGCUCAUAGCAUCUGUACACAGUCUGCAGCAGAAGGUACAGAGGUGCCUGGAGGAUGGGGUGCGUGUGCCUGUGACUGACACAAAGAAGCUCCAGAACGAGAAGACCGAGCUGUUAGAGCAGCAGGACUGCAGCAGCAAGCAGCAGCAGACAGAAGGGGAGACUCCAGGUCGAGCCCGGGCUCUGUCGCAGAGGCCUGAAGUGAGCCAGCUCCUCAGGGACAUGUCCAUGUGUGUGAGGGACCUCCAGAACCUGGGCACCAUCCUGACCCAGAGAGCCCAGGGACAGGAGCCCAACCUGUCCGUGCUGCUGGGAAUCAAGUCCCUGAGUUUGUCCAUGGAAGAGAGUGACAGCAGAGAGCCAGAGGAUGAAGAGUUGAUGAUGAAGCUGCGUGAGGUGGCCCAGCUGAGGCAGGACAUUGAGGAGUUGAGGAAGAGUAUGGCCCCGCCCCCUGCCCUGCACUGACGAUCAUAGAGUGGCAUAGUGGUUACCGUCCUAGCCACAAGGUCCUAGGUUCAAUUCCCAGACACUGGAGUGUCUUUAUCCACUCCCUGGUGAUACUGUACUGUGGUAUUUGCCAGCUAGAUUCUCCUGAAGAUGGUCUAAAAUGUGAAUGCUCCCUGAACACUAAGAGAACAGAGAACUAAUAUAUUUUGCACAUAUAUUUGUCUAUCAUAAUCUCCUCUAAAUCUUAC